GAGCAACCGUAAAGUGCAGUACUGUGUCCAGGACAAACAGCUGCAAACAUCUGGGCAGACGUGUUCAUCUGGAUGUUUUCAGUGGGAGAAACUUUACAUCAGAUGACUACAGGUUUCCAACCUUAUUAACAAAAUCACAGAAACCAAACAACCUCUGACUAAACGGAUGGCACAACACGGAAGAGCUCAAGGAACUAACCUCCCAGCCCAUUGUUCAGUGGUGCUAGUGUUAGUCAUCAUCCAAAUGUCAUGUUUAUAAGGUGGGAAACCUGCAGUCAGCUGAGACUGAAGCUGUUACCUGGCUGAUGAUGAAAGGUCCAGAUGAACAGAAUCCACUUUUUGAGAUUACUGCUUUGUCUUUUAUUGGCUCAGGGGUUCACGUGUGAAGAGUUGGGGGUUUGAUACCUGGUGUUAGUGUGGUCCUGGUCCUGAGACUGGAAGGUUGAACCAGGAAGUGUGUGUGCUGCAAGUCCUGUGCUGAGCCAAUGGCAAUAAAGGAACAGCUGCACUGUGAUUCAAAUGCUUUUUAGAGCAGCAGCGUGCUGUGUGAAACACUGCCCCCUGCUGGUAAACCUCAAAAUGAAAGCAGUGGUGAUGGCAGCAGCCUGACUGCCUGUGGGGUUUGAUCAAAGAGGAGGAAUUGUGUCUGUAGGUUCUCAGUCCUCCAGGUCAAGGUGAUCUAAGGAAACGACUGGAUGUAUUUCUGAUUCCUGAAGAUGUUUCACAGACUGAAGCUUCUUCAGUUCUAAAACCAGAUGGUGGAGCGUCGCAGGUAUUUAACCCAUAGUGGGAGUUGUACCUUUUUGACCCACUGCUGACCAUGUGCCUCAUCACAUGAGCCAAGGUGUGAAAAAGGCUCGGAAGUGAAUUUCUUCACUGUAUCCUGUUUAUCCCACAAACCUAACAGUGAAUCAUGUUCUGCUGCAGAAGAAGAAACCAGAACAUUUAACUGUGUGGUCAUCAUUAUUAUUAUCAUUAUUAUUAUUGAUGCUGUUGUUGUACGGUCUGUGAUGUAAGAGAGUUUGAUCUGUUUAUGAAAAUCGUCAUGUCCUCUGGUUGGUCAUCAGUCGUCCAACCUCGUCUGAUUGUUUAUGUUUUGAAGCAGUCUGAGAUCAUCACUCAGUAGUAAUCGAGGUGACGACGGGAACAUCAUGUUCAAUCUCCGAGCACGCUCAGGUUAGAGGUGUUUUGAUGCGUAGCGUGGGCGAUGUAGCUUGACCUCCUUCAGUCAGAGGAUGAACUGGAGACGAAUGACGAGUGGAACGUAGAUCAGUGGAUAUACUGAUCACAGGCACACAUGUUUCUUCUGUUUUCAGAUAUUUGCCAACUAAAUUAAAUUUGAAUUAAAAUUUAUAUGUUGAUAUAUGUUAACCCUCAUUCUGCCGGCAUAUUUAGCAUACCGAGUAUUGACGCCUUUCUGGGGACUCAAAACUAAUUUACUGUGAAAUUUAAUAUGUUCUAAUAAAAUGUCCACCCAUCCAUCCAGAUGUUACUAACAACAUGUGCUGGGUAGGUCUGCCUACUUAAAUAUAAUGUAAUCUUUAUUCCAUUUUAAACAGAAAACAGCUGAUACAGGGGUGUGUCAUACUGAAUUUAUGGUUAGAAAGUAAAAAAACUGUCCUAAUUGAGUAUUUCUACACAGUGGUGUUAAUACCGUUACUCCAGGAGCGUAACCGAAUACUUCUAGAGAUCAGAUCAUCAAUGACCCUGAGCAUACUCUGAUUUAUCGGGUUAAUUAUUUAUUCUAAUCAUGAAGUUGUCAGAAAAUUCUGAUUUUUGAAACGGGAAUGUUUCUCAAGCCUUCUGAAAAUCCACCAAUCCUCUUCUGCUUGUCCUCGUCAGGGUCUCGGGGGCGGGAACUGGAGGCUAGCCCAGCUUCCAUAGGGCAAGAGGCGGGUACGGUCUGUCACAGGGUCACACAGAGAGAGGGAGAGAAAGAGACAACCAUUUGCACGCAUAUUCACACCUAUGGCUAAUUUAGAAUCACCCCACUAACUACACCUGUUACACAACUGUGGGAGAAGCACCUGGAGAGAACCUGCACACUCCACAACAAAGGCCCCGCCCAGGGAAAAAGUCGAUGAAGUCUUAAAGAGCCUAAAACGUCAUGAGUCAAAUAUGACCCAUUGGCUUUAACCCGAACUAAAUCAUGUUCACGCUGGAUGUGAAGGAGGACUUCAUGUCCCAUGGUUCUUUGCGGCUCGGUGGUCCAGGGUGGACCUGUGAGAGGUGGAGCCUUCAGCCUCCUGAUGGAGAAGCAGUAACCGGAGAUCGCAGCCUCUGAGCGGACCGUGUGGACCCGAACCAGAGCCGAGCCUCCCGGAUUGUGUGUGUUUCCGCGUGCGUGUCGGUGCUUCUUGUCGGUGAUGGAGGCGGCGGAGGGUGGCGUGUGCGGGGUGAAGGUGAUGUGUCGCUUCAGGCCGCUGAACGAGGCGGAGCGGAACCGCGGAGACAAAAACAUCCCGAAAUUUAACGGAGAGGACACCGUGGUGGUGUCGGGGAAGCCAUAUGUGUUCGACCGAGUCUUCCCCCCAACCACUGAACAGGUUCAGGUGUACGACACUUGUGCCAAGCAGAUCGUCAGAGAUGUGUUGGGAGGAUAUAACGGCACCAUCUUUGCUUAUGGUCAGACCUCCUCAGGAAAGACUCACACAAUGGAGGGGACCCUUCAUGACCCUCAUCAGAUGGGCAUCAUCCCUCGUAUUUCCAGAGACAUCUUCGACCACAUCUACUCCAUGGAUGAGAACCUGGAGUUCCACAUCAAGGUGUCUUAUUUUGAAAUCUAUCUGGAUAAAAUCAGAGACCUGCUGGAUGUGUCAAAGACCAACCUGGCUGUUCAUGAAGAUAAGAACAGAGUUCCCUUUGUGAAGGGCUGCACGGAGCGCUUUGUUUCCAGUCCCGAGGAGGUGAUGGACGUUAUCGAUGAAGGAAAAGCAAACAGACACGUCGCUGUGACCAACAUGAACGAGCACAGCUCUCGCAGUCACAGCAUUUUUCUGAUCAACAUCAAACAAGAGAACGUGGAGACGGAGAUGAAGCUAUCAGGGAAACUUUACCUGGUGGACCUGGCAGGCAGCGAGAAGGUGAGUAAAACAGGAGCAGAGGGUGCUGUUUUGGAUGAGGCUAAAAACAUCAACAAGUCUCUGUCUGCUCUGGGGAACGUCAUCGCUGCCCUGAGUGAAGGAACGAAAACCCACGUUCCAUACAGAGACAGUAAGAUGACCCGGAUCCUUCAGGACUCUCUGGGUGGAAACUGUCGAACUACCAUCAUCAUCUGCUGCUCGCCGUCUGUUUACAACGAGGCUGAAACAAAGUCCACGCUCAUGUUUGGACAGAGAGCUAAAACCAUAAAGAACACAGUGUCUGUGAACCUGGAGCUGACCGCCGAGGAGUGGAAGAAGAAGUAUGAGAAGGAGAAAGAGAAGAACAGGAGUCUGAACAUCAUGAUCCAGAAACUGGAGAAUGAGCUGAAACGCUGGAGGAAAGGUGAGUCUGUACCUGUGGAGGAACAACUGGGCAACAGAAACAAGAAGUGCAGCAGCGAGACAGCAGCAGCGAUUGACAGCUUGGCUCCGCCCCCUGUCGCCUUGUCUGUGGAGGAGAAGUCGCAGUACGAGACUCUCAUCACUGACCUGUACCAGCAGCUGGACGACAAAGAUGAUGAGAUCAACCAGCAGAGUCAGAUGUCUGAGAAACUCAAACAGCAGCUGAUCGACCAGGAUGAGCUGCUGGCAUCUAUCCGCCAGGACUAUGAGCGGCUGCAGGAGGAGCUGUCCCGCCUGCAGAGGGAAAGCGAUUCAGCUAAAGAGGAGGUGAAAGAGGUGUUGCAGGCGCUGGAGGAGCUGGCUGUCAACUAUGACCACAAGAGUCAGGAGGUGGAGAAUAAGAACCGCUGCAAUGAACAGCUGAACGACGAGCUUGCUCACAAAACUGUCAGUCUGGAGGCUGUUCAGAGGGAGCUGUCCUCCCUGCAGGAGCUCAGCUCUCAUCAUAAGAGGAGGUCAGCGGAGAUCGUCACUUUGCUGCUCAGAGACCUCAGUGAGAUCGGCAGUGUUCUCGGAACCACCGAGCUCAAAGCUAUGACUGAAGUGAGUGGAGUGAUGGAGGAAGAGUUCACCUCUGCCCGACUCUACAUCAGUAAGAUGAAGUCUGAAGUCAAAUCUCUGGUGAACCGCAGCAAACAGUUGGAGGUCAACCUGACAGAAAACACCUGCAAGAUGAAGGCGAAUGAGAAGGAGCUGAGCACGUGCCAGCUGCUCGUGUCGCAGCUCCGGGCAAAGCUGGGGUCUCUCACCGAUGACCUCCAGAAGGUGGAGCAGAAGAAGAGGCAGCUGGAGGAGAGUCAGGAUGCUCUGAUGGAGGAGGUCGCCAAGCUCCGCGCUCAAGGUCAAAUGCACGAGCUGACAGUGAUGGACAAAGAGAAAGAACACAUGAGCCAGCUGAAGGAUGUUGUGGAGAUGAAGAGAACGCUGGAGGAACAGAUGGAGAACCACCGGGAGGUUCAUCACAAACAGCUGAGUCGACUCCGAGAUGAUAUCGAUCAGAAACACAGAGACGUUGACCGACUCAAAGACGUGAAUCAGGCUCUGCAGCUGGAAAACAGGAAGCUUCAGUCUGACUUGGACAAAUUGAGAGCAGAGGAUCAGAACAAAGACCAGAAGCUUCAAAAGCUCAUGUUUGUGAACGAGAAGAGAGAACAAGCCAAAGAAGACCUGAAGGGUUUGGAGGAGACAGUG